AGGUCUUGGAAGCUGGCUGGGGGGCGGGGGGUGGACAUCCAGCACCGCGCCCUGGGCCCGAGGGGCGGCUACUUGGGGAUCAGAGGCUGGGCGCACUUUGUCCUGGAAGGAGCCGACUGGAGGGAGGUGGGAAGCAGAGGCCGCCUGGUAGGAAGGUGGUGCACCCCCCCCCCCGGGCAGGCUCGUCCUCUGGCCUCUCCGGGCCCCCCCAUCUCAGUCUCCCCCACCGCUCGCCUCUUUGGACAUCAUGGUUCGCUGCUGCGCCGCGCUCGCUGGGCGCUGGCUGCGGAGUUCAGACGUGCGCCAGUGCCCUUUCCUAGGGGUACCCAGGAACAGCCGCGGCUGCGCCUCGCACCCCUCCUCCCCAGAGACUGCCCUGGGAGGCGGCGGCCCCAGAAGCGCAGACCCGCUGAGCUACACCGAGGAGCACCGGAUCCUGCGGGCUUCCCUGCGGAAGGUAGCAGCGGCCAGCACGGCCCCUGGGGGAAUUCCCCUAAGGAAGCAGAACACCCGGGGCUGGAAGGACAGGGAGCCGCUCCGGGUCCCCUUGCCAGGCUGGCUUCUUGCUCUUCAGGCCCUUCGGUUCGCAUUAAGAGUAACCUUAGAGGUCCAGCGCUGUGGAACCUACAGAGGAAAACGGUUAUUUCUUCGAACUUUUCAGGGCGAAGACCUCGGUGUGGCGGGUGCUCAAUUCGGCAUCAUCACCCUCCAGUCAGAAGCUACAGCAGAGCUCCGGGUGGCCGAGAUUUCUAGCAGCUGCAGUAAACCAGGACACAGAAGUGGGGACGCUGCAGGAAGUCUUUCCCUGGGCGCUGAGUUGUGGCACCCCAUGGCCAGACUCCCAGUAGCUGCAGGCCUCUAUGUCUUUCUCUCUAAGGAGAUUAAUCCAUUUGUGGACACAUGGGAAGAAGAUCGAUGCUUCCCAGCCCAUCAUGUGUUCAAGAUUCUCGGGCAAGCUGGCUUCCUGGGUGUGAACAAAGCCAAGAAGUAUGGAGGCCAGGGUUUGGAGUUAUCUCAUCAAAUUGCGGUGGUAGAAGAGUUGGGGAAUAUCACUGGGCUGGGCAUCGCUAUGGCCAUCCUUCUGCAGACCAACAUGGCCACCCCCAGCUUGUUCAGGUUUGGCUCUGAGGAGCUGAAGCAGCAAUUCUUGGUGCCAUCCAUUGCUGGAGAUUUGGUGGCCUGUCUUGAGUCAGUGAACUGGGUGGCAGGGUCUGAUGUUGCAAAUAUCAAGACAAAAGCUGUGCUCAAAGGCGAUGAUUACAUCAUUAAUGGCAGCAAGAUGUGGACAACGUCUGGGAGCCAAGCUGACUGGAUGUGUCUAUUGGCCAACACCAGUGCAGGACCACCCCACCUCAACAAGUCCCUUCUCUGUGUGCCAAUGAACUUGAAUGGCAUUCACGUUUCUAAGAACAUAGAAACUGGCAUGUGUUCAUCAGACACAGUUCAGGUUUUUGAUGAGGUCCAAGUGCCCCGGCAGUUUCUCAUUGGGGAGGGCCAGGGCUUCCAGUACCAGAUGCUGCAGUUCCAAGAGGAGCGGAUGUCUUCCACAGGCCUGGUGUUGAGCCCCAUGACCAACAUCAUCCACCAGACCAGUGAGUAUGCUCGGAAUCGCAUCCUCUUCAACAAGCCCCUGCUGGACAGCCAGGUCGUGCACUUCCGUCUGGCAGAACUGGCCACGGAGGUGGAGCUGCUACGCUCCCUGCUCUACCGGACUGUAGCUCAGCACAUGCAGGGCUUUGAUACAACCAAGCUGGUGUCAAUGGGCAAGUUAAAGGCGGGCCGUCUUUCACGGGAGGUGACGGACAGCUGUCCUCCAUACUGGGGGGCCAUGGAGAUACACCCACAAUCCUUGGUCAGCAGACUUUUCAGAGGACCUUCGACUAAUAUCCAUAGGGGCAGGUGCCGAUGAAGUCAUGCUUUCUAUCAUAUCAAGUGCAUGGCCAUACUUCCUAGAACCCAAGCAGUGAAAUGAUUCAAAUGGAAACUCCCCACGAAGCUGGAGCACAGGCUGCCCCAGGCACUACACUGACCCUUCUGAGCAAAACUUUGACUGUUUCCAGGGCAAAAUGCCAAAUAGUACCCCUCCCUUCCCCACCUGCUGGUAUACUGACAAUAAAAUACGUGACUGAAGCCC